AUGAUCGGAGCGAUAUAUAACAGGGCGGCAUUCACGACCGACACGAUGUCGCUUAAUUGGAUUACGCAAGGGAGAAGGUACCUGGGCAUUUUGGAGGAACAGCAGCAGCAACAGCAGCAAGUCGGCUUCCCGGCAGCGGCGUCCAUCGCCGCCACGACCAUGAUGAUGGCCAGCGACGCCCCCGCCGGCGGCACCGCCGUCUAUCGCGCCUUCUGCGGCGUCCCCAGCGACCCCGGCAACGCCGUGUCCGGCAAAAACGGCAGCGGCAAGGACGCCGACGGCGACGACGACGUCGUCGACUGGGAGACGGCCAUUUGCCGGCAACACCCGCUGCUCGCCGACCUGGACGCCAAUUCCAUUCGGAGCGUGUCGCAGGGUGCGUUGCGCGGGAUCCGCGAGUGCCAGAGCCAGUUCGCCGCAGAGCGCUGGAAUUGCCCCACGUUCCGCAACUCCACUUCCGUCUUCGGGGAGCACACCAUGAAGAGAGGUUCAGAGAAGGACGACGAAUUCAGCUGCAGUGUCAUUGAUCAUUUUGGAAGAAUGAGCAUUAACAUCUUUUAA